AUGACCACUGAAUUUAAGGAGGCCAAAGUCACGAACCUUGUUGUUGGAGAUACAUGGGGUCUGUGUAUCACAGAGGCAUUUAGAAUGGUGAGGCAUGGAAUGGAUGUACCAGAUGUGACUUUGGUCAUUCAGUGUUCAACCACUGUUGAUAUUCCACACCCGGAAGAAGGUGAUGGCACUCAGGCUACUAGUAGUGGUUCAGUGGAAAACACACCUAUAGUUACUGAUGCACAGUUGAGGGAAUUAAUGAGACCAGCAAGCACAUCAGAGAGGGUGUCAAGGCAGAAGAAAGAGAAAGAAUUAGAUUGA